AUGGAAUUACUCUACAUCCAGAUACUAUCGCCUCAAAAAGCAAGGAAUUGGGAAAAAAAUCAUGAUUCUCAACUCUUGGAGUGGACCAAAUCGAUUUCUCAAGCAGCUGAAGUGAGGCUCUGUGCAGAAAACCUUAAAGAAGAAUUGCAAGGUCUGAAUUAUCUUCCUUCGCAGCCACCUCUUGAAAACUUUGUGGAGCAUGUUCUUGGUACAUCUAGUAAUGAGGCCAAAGAAUCUACAAGUAAAGGUCAUAUCAAUGAUGCAACAGUUCAGGAUAUCACCACAGUAGAUACAUCUGCACUCACCUUGUGCUUCAGCUAUCAACCAGGAGACACUGUGACAAGUGUUUGCAACAACAUUAAAACUGGAGGCAUAAGUGACAAUACACUUCAAGAGACAAUUAAAGCUGUUUCUGAAGCUGCAGCUAGCCAGGACAAGAAUGACUUGAAAUCUGCAAUUGAUUCAGUUCUUCAUCAAGAUCAGCCAAAGGGAUAUCAGAUAAUUGGAGACAAUGUGGAUUUGCACAUUAAUGUGAGACACAUGAGUGAACAAAACAAAAACAAAUCCCUGCAUACUUUCAACCUAGUGGCAAUGCGAGAUGUUGUCUCGGGAAGCAACCUUCCCAACAAGCAUAUUAGAACACUUAAUGAUGUUGAAAUCUCAGAGUUUUUGCCAUGCCAUAAUGAUGUGGAGAACCUUAAGAAGGAUUUCAUUGUACUCUGGGCCAGGGUAAUGGCGAAAAACAUUCCAGCAUUCAGUUUCUUAAAGGGUGUGGUGAUACAGGACAUCCAACAUCAGUACAGCAAGGAAAUGCAGGCUGUUACUGAGGAGGUAACCUUAAAGGAAAUAAUAAUUAUUGAUCCAAGGAACCUCUGUUCAACUGUAGCUUCCAUUUAAUUGAAAAAUGAUUAGUCCAAAAUGGGCAUCUUUACAGGCUGCUACAUAUAUGGGUAAUCCCUUAUUACGGUGUAGAAGUCUAUUUGCAAGUGUUUACCUAGGCAGUUAUGAGAGCUUUUUGUUGCAGUUUUAAAUAUUAUGCAAACAUGCUUUUGAUUACCAGAUGCGAAACCAAAACUGAGCUCCUAUUAAUCAAAGCUUUGAAUGUUGCUGUUGUUUGCCUUAAUUAAGUCCAUUCCUUAAAGAAAAUGUUUACAGCUUCAAAUUUUUGCCCAUUGCAAGCCUAUCCAAAAAUUGUUAACUACCGUUUAUACACAGUUCUUUGCAACAAUCAAAUCACUGAUAAAAUUUUAAAUUUCUAAUUUAUGUUCUUUAGGUUCCACUGGGAUGUCUCCCAAAGAAUGAGACCCUCAACGAGGAUAUGGUGGACAUAUUGGAAACACUACAGGAGAAAUAUGUACCAAUGGUGCAGAAUGGAGGGGAGAGUGUACCAGCUGAUAUAGUGUUUUUUGGUGGUGACCAACUUACGGAAGAGCUGGCAAGGAACAUACAAAAGGCCAGGAUGGAUGGAGAUACAAUUCAAGAGAGACUACAGGGAGUGUGGCCAAAAAACGAGGACUGGCAUGGAAUUAGAAUUGCCUAUCAGGUAACUUAUAAAUACUUAUACUUGUUCAGUCAUCCAUGCCAAGAAAGAGGUGGCAUAUGCAAUAGGAUGCAAUAUCUUAAAAAUAAACAGUCGCUCUCAAAACAAAUCGAACUGUUGCUCCUGCUAACUUGAAGUAAUUUUUGUUUCCUUUCUGUUUUUCCAUAGUUUCAAGCCCAUCUCAUCCCAUAUUUUUGGUAACUUGCUUCAAACUCCUUUAAUUUCCGAUUUACAUAUAUUGAGAGAAAACUAUGUUGUAUGAUUUCCCAUUCAAUGUCUUAUAAGUCGCUAAUCUCAGUCAGGCAAAGAUUUUAAAUAUAAAAUAAACAAAAGAGAACAAAACCCAAAAUCAAGGGUAUUGAAUGUCAACAACACAAUUGUAAUAUUGUAAAAAGUGACCAUAUAUGAUCAACACUUAACUACAAAACAGAUUUUUGAUUUUAAUUAGGCUGGUGUGUAAGACGGCAAGAACUGAUUAAUUUGGUUGUGAAGAUGGAUUUUUCUCAAUUUCCUGAAAACCAAUGUCAAACAAAUUUAUGGCUUUUAAAUUAUGAAUUAUUUUUCCCUAUCUUUAGGUUGCUACAGACAUUUUACGCAAGUCCUCCUCUGUGGCGGAUUGGGGUACAUUUGCCUCUAAUGCAGUGGUAUCUGGAAACACUAAUGCUCUGAGGGACACACUAGACAACUAUGAUGCUGUAAAAGAGUUUUUUAAACUUGAAAAUGAGGCCAUGAUUGUUGCAGCGACCAUGAGAUAUUUCGGUAUGGACACAGUUGAUAGUUCGCCAACAAAAAACAAAAUCCCUAGGAACUUACAAAAGUCUUCAAAUGAAGAGAAGCGCAAGUGGCUCCAUGGACACAUCAGCAGCAUGCUUGAUGAGUAUAUCAUGGAUGGGGUGUCAGAUAUUGAAAGAGCUAGAGAUGAGAUGGGGCAUGUCGGAGUCAGACCCGUGCUUCCCUGCCGAUUUUCUGGUUGCACACGAACAUUUGUGUAUGCAAAAUGCCGUGUCAACCAUGAAAAAAAGAUCCAUGAUUUAGAAGUAACAGAGGAAAAGCAGGAUGAGACAAGUGAUGAGAACAAGAAGUCAGAGUUGUCAGAGUCAAAGUAG